AUGUCUGGUGGAAGUGAGUUCCAGAGUUGGGCGGCUGAAAGCUCUACUCCCCAUGGUGGUGAGACGGGCAGAGGACACAGUGAGUUGGAUGGAGGAGGAGGACCUGAGGCAGCAGGAGGAGGCGGCUACGUGGACGAGAUCAGAGAGACGGGGUGUGCCGUCCUCCCCGGCUCCAGCCCAAACUUGGCACAGAGCAAUCAAAACAAGAGGAGUGCAUCCUCGUACACAGCUCUGCCCACCAUGCGUCUCCUGUCCCACCUAUAUCAGAGUCAUUUCUCUGUGGACUCGCCCUGGGAGACGCUCAGCACAUGUGAAGCUCCUCUUCCUGACACCACAAGCCCGCUGUUUGAGCACCAGCCCUUCUUUGUGACGUGGAACAUCCCCGAUCAGGUGUGUAGGAAGCACAACAUCUCACUGGACACAUCCCCCUUUUAUGGAGUGAGCACACCUGCAAAGGUCCCAGAUCAGUUUCUGACCCUGUUCUACACAGACCGCCUGGGUCUUUACCCACAUGUAGACUUCAAAAGCAGAAAACUGCUUAACGGUGGGAUUCCACAGAGGGGUAACCUGAAAGCCAGUACGAUCAAAGCUAAGGCGGAUAUUAACUACUACAUCCCAUCCAAGAUACGUCCUGGCUUGGCUGUGAUAGACUGGGAAGAAUGGCGCCCUCUGUGGGACAGAAACUGGGGCACUAAGAGAAUCUACCAAACUUUAUCAGUGGCUCUUGUGAUGCAGAAAAACCUCUCUCUGACAGAGGAGGAGGCCACAGAAAUAGCCAAACAACAGUUCCAGGUGGCAGCAAAGAAUUUCAUGUUGGGGGUGUUAACACUGGGCAGAGCAAUGAGGCCAAAUUAUCUGUGGGGCUUCUACCUCUUUCCUAACUGCUACAACCAUGGCUGGGAACAUCCAGACUACACAGGACAAUGCUCUGAGGAGGUCAAGAAGCAGAAUGAUGAGCUGCUCUGGCUGUGGGAGUCCAGCACGGCUCUCUUCCCCUCUGUCUACCUGCAGGUUUCUCUAGCAGACAAUCCCAAAGCCAGCCUGAUGGUGAGAAACCGUGUCCAGGAAUCUUUGAGAGUAGCAGCCCAGCCCAGAAGGAGUGCCACUGCACCCGUGUUUGUCUACAUGAGACCUGUCUUUGUCGACCACCAUAGGCGCUUCCUCAGCCAGGUAGACUUGGUCAGAACCAUUGGUGAGAGUGCAGCAGUGGGGGCCUCUGGAGCGGUGAUGUGGGGGGCCAGCGCUGACUUCAAUGACCAGAACUCUUGUGAAGCGCUCUCAUCCUACCUCUCCUCCACCCUCAACCCCUACAUCACUAACGUGACUUUGGCCGCUCAGCUCUGCAGCAACUUCCUGUGCCGAGGGAAUGGCCGCUGUGUCCGCAAAAACUACAAUUCAAACUACUACCUCCACCUAAAUCCAGAGAACUUCAAGGUCUUAUAUGUGCAGAAUCGCUACCUGGUCCUUGGGAGACCCACCUUGACGGACCUUAAGAUUUUUAGCAAGCGGUUUACCUGUCAAUGCUAUGAAGGACUCAACUGCUCUCCCAGGACAUACAAAGAGCUAGCCAAGGCUCUGAAGUUCAGUGUGAAGCAGUGGCUGCACCUUAAGGCUCACACUCUGAAUAAAGCCAUGAUGGAGGACACACCGCAAGCCAGUUUAACCAAAGCAAAAAGGAAAUUUAAAGUUUUGGUCUGA